AUGUGUAAAUGCAUUUUGCUGUUUAUAGCGCUUUUCUUCCCGGGACCGGCGAUUCUGAUGGAUCGCGGAUGUGGUAGCGACUUUCUUGCGACAUGUUGCCUAUCGAUAUUGUUUCAUCUUCCUGGUGUAAUCUACGCGUACGUGUUGCUUCUCCGAAAGGAACCUCCAAACUCCGUCGUGGUCGUCACCCAUGUGACUGUGCCGCCAGAGUAUCCGAGCAGGCCACAAACGCCUUCAGAACCAUACGAAGAUACGCAAAUGAUUUACGGAUCCACGGAGGCUCUUGUUAAAUGA